GUGGGUAUCCGUGUUACUGGUCGAUCCGUCACUCCCUCUCUUACUCGCAUCCGACUGACCGCCACUGGAUCUCGACUUUGACCGCGUAACUCGACCGAUGGCGUAUCCAUCUUGACACGCGCAUGUCUAUGGACCUCAAUACUGCCACCACUCGAAUGACCUGCGACACCGUUAACCCAUCUCUAAUUCGAUUCCGCCCCAACUCGACCGACUCGUUUAUCCAUCUUGCCAGACAGCACCCCUUUAUAUGUCUCUGCUCUAUACAUGUCGCACUAGUCCCUUCUUGUUCAAUCCCCUAUCUUGGACUUCCACUUGACUCGACUCGAUCAACCCGCCACUUCGUGAAUCUUCUACUUCCUGCUAGAUUUCUUUAGUAAAUCCAUCCGAGGGUAGUCAAAGGAGUGCUGCUUGUUUUAUUGAUCGUUUCAGCUGAUCCUAUCUUUUCAACAAAGUAAUUGAUGGUGAUCUCAUCGGGUCGUGUUCGCUUAUCAAUAAGGAUCCCUUUGUUCUCCUCAAGCUAUAUCAUCAAUCCAAGUCAAAUCUAAAGGUUACAAUCAGGUCGCAUCCAGUCUACAAUACUUCCAGGCCUUCGUGAAUUCAUUCGCGAUUGGUUAAUAUAGCUGUUUGCUUGUUUCCAUAAAGCUGGGCCAUCCGAGUAAGUAAAUCAUAUCGUGUUGUCCUAGUCAUUGUUGUUGAUACAUCCUUGUCAUCAAUUCGCGAGUAGUUGAUUGAUUUAUACAGUAUUUAUGUUGAUCCUAUCUUUCCAAAGUACUCAGUCGCGUCCACUCUUCUUAAAAGUUGUUCCUUAUCUUUUCCUUCUGUUUUAGUUAUUCCAUCAUCUUCCUAAAGCUAAUACAUCAUGACCGAUUGUCCUUGUCGCUGUUCUGGAGCUACAUCAUUGGUCCAAGCAAAAUCUAGAGGCUGUGCCCGAGUCGCAUCCAAGAGUGUUGUGUCCUCCAUCCAACUGAGUCUCCA